CCGCUACCUGACUUCCGGUGGCUGCACUGUUGGCUGGAGAACGAUAAUUUUCCCGGAGUUUUGGAUGAAUAAACAAGACCGUCGAGUGGCCAACGCGCAGAGGAAAUAUAGCCCUGAGUUGGUUUAGAGUGUUUCUGUUCAUGCUUAUGUUUUCAGAUUCAACCAGAUACCUACUAGAUGACCGCUGGUUUUCAGCACAUGGCUACAGGCACUGAGAGGGACAAAGGCUCUGGGAACACGAGAGAGUCUGUCCACAGCGUGCUGAGAGCAGUACCACGAGGACUGACCCUGGGUCCUUCUCUGGCCCAAGAUGGACAGCUGGGUCUGUGGUGUGUUGGGCGAGUGCUAGAGAAGGCCACUCUGCUUGGUCUGGAGGAACCUGACAAAAUAAACAGGAAGGAGAAAGCUGAGGGGAUUCAACAUACGUGCCAAAAUGUGUUAAAAAAUGAAAUCUCAGAUGAGAUCUACUGGAUGAGGUUUGCCUGCAGGGCUCAAAGUGAGGGAGAGAGCAAUGUCAGUGUGCUCGAGGUGGAUGGAAAAUUCGGCUUUAGGGUCUGUCGAGCCAUUCAGCCAGGAACAGAAGUGCUCCUCUGGAAAGAACAAGAACAAGAAGCCCCUCUUGAAAAAGAAGUAAUGCGGCUGAAAGCCUGUGAAAUUAGUAGUACUCCAAUCAGAGAACAAGAAGAUGCUUUAGAGGCCAUCACAUUAGAUCACCUCUCAGGCUGUGCAGAUCCUGUUCAAAGUGCCACACAGGAGGAUACAAAACCUCCAAUCAAGGGGAAAAAUCUUGUGCAGGAGUCUAGAGCCUGUGAUUCCAGUGUCCUGGAGCAGAAUGGGGUAGAUGAGGCACACGGGGAAGGUGAAGGUCAGCAAAGUGAUGAACAUCCUGCUAGAGAUAAGAUCCAGAGCAUCAGUGAUAGUACAUCAGAAGCCCAGAGCUCAUCAGAACAUCUGAAGCUGAGAGCCAGCUCUCGUCUUGCUGCUAAACCUCGGAAAGUGCACUCGUCAACCAUCCGUAUCUACAAACGACAAGAUCCAAAAAACAGGUCAGACCUCAGCAGCAAGAAGAAGCUCUCAGAUAACAAAGACAACACAAUGCAGACAUUGUAUACUAAUGAGGAUUCCAGCGCAGAGCAAAAUGAGCAGGAUUUUCUUCAUUUUGUUAUCCGAGAGAGGAAGUACAAAUGCGACGAGUGUGACAAGAGCUUCUUUCAGCUGUGCCAUCUGAAGAAACACAGAUUCACACAUCAGAAUCAGAAGCCUUACGCAUGCACAGAGUGUGGUAAAACAUACAGCUCGCAGGAGAGCUUCCAAGCCCACCUGCUGAUGCAUCGCGGUCAGAGGCCCUUUCAAUGCCAGCACUGUGACAAAAGCUACGGCUUGAAACGGGACCUCAAGGAGCACCAGGUUCUUCACUCAGGCGAGAAACCGUUUGUCUGUGACAUCUGUGGAAAAGCUUUCGCUCGCCGGCCCUCGCUGCGCGUCCACAGGGAAGUCCAUCGGACGAAAGAGCCGGACUACCAGGCUCCCAAAGUCAGGUGUCCAGAGUGCAAUAAAGAACUGGCCAAUUCUGGUUCUUUGAGGAACCACAUGCGCCUGCACACCGGAGAACGGCCGUACGUCUGCCGGCACUGCAACAAGAGCUUUCGGCAACGUGGCAAUCUGCUGGGACACAUGCGCAUCCACACGGGAGAGAAACCCUACCAGUGUGACCACUGCGAGCUGCGCUUUUCCCAAGUCCCUGAACUGCGCCGGCAUCUGAUUUCACACACGGGUGAGGUGUAUCUGUGUCCUGUGUGUGGUAAGGCUCUACGGGACCCUCACACACUGCGGGCCCACGAACGACUGCAUACGGGAGACAGGCCCUAUAAAUGCGAACAAUGUGGGAAAGGGUACACGAUGGCAACCAAGCUACGGCGCCACCUGAAGUCUCACCUGGAGGAGAAGCCACAUGUCUGCCAGGUGUGUGGAGCCAAAUACACAAUGAUGCAGAGUCUGCAGCGGCAUCUGCAGUCUCACAAACAUCUCUCAGACUCUGGUCAUGCCUUACCGACACGAGGUCGACCCAAAAGCUCGGGCCAGAACGCAGAGGAAGAGCAGGGUAGGACUGAAUGCAGUAGUUUGGAGAAGGGACAGGCUGUGUCAUAUGUUCAAGACUCAGAAAAUUUCACCAUUGUGUCUCACCCAGAAGGUGUCAUUUUGGACUCUGGAGUGUACCACCGUGGCACAAUUGUUUUGGGAAAAGGAGUGGAGAAGGGGCUCGAACGCAUUGAGCUCAGUGAGGAUAUGAUUGAGAUCAUUGUCUCCGAUGAAAAUACCAAGUGUAUAGUAGUGCAAGAACAGCCUUCUAAGUGUAUACAGCUUCAGGAACAGGAAGCAAAUGCUAAAUGCCUAGUUGUGCAGGAAAAUGAUGCCAGCAGUGGCUGUAUUGUAGUUCCAGAGCAGGAUGCUAAUAGUUGUUUGGUCAUUUUACAAGGUCCGGAUGGUUUAAGUUCAGUGGCACAGACUGUAGAAAUAGAGACAGGACUGUGACACUUAAGUGUUUCCAUUUCACAUAUAUAUAAUGUCUCACACCAAAGGAAAAACAACCUAUGUGAAAUAAAUGUUUAGGUCUUGCUGUUCUUUGAUUUUUUUUAGGAGGGUUUGUGGCACAUAUCAUUAAACAUUGACUCCUGUGUGCAGUG